AUGACUCUCGGGGUCUCUGAUGAAAGCCCUGGCCACGUGCGACAGAGUAACUCACUGACAGGACGUGACCAGGCCACAGUGACUGUGCAGCGGCUCCCUCGACCCGAGAGGGGAUCCGAGCCCGCUUUCUGGUACCGGAACGGCCGCAUGUACACGUCCCUUCCAGAGUCCGCACUGACCCGCCGCUUCCUGUCCCCCAGGAUGGCGCCCCUGCCCCUGUGGCUGCUGUGGCUGCUGCUCCCGCUCGGCCCGCGGGCCCAGAAGCUGCCCACGCGCGACGAAGAGCUCUUCCAGAUGCAGGUCCGAGACAAGGCCUUCUUCCACGACUCCUCGGUGCUCCCGGACGGAGCUGAGAUCAGCAGCUACCUCUUCCGAGACACGCCUAAGAGGUACUUCUUUGUGGUGGAAGAGGACAACACCCCACUGUCUGUGACCGUGACCCCCUGCGACACCCCCCUGGAGUGGAGGCUGAGUCUGCAGGAGCUGCCGGAGGAGGCCAGCGGGCAGGGCUCAGGCGAGCAGGAGCCGGAGCCGCUGGAGCAGCAGAGGCCGCAGGCCACGCACGAGGCGGGCGCCGAGCUGCUGUCCUACCAAGGCAACGACGUGGAGUCCUUCGUGUCGGCCGGCCCCUCGGGGCUGUACCGGCUGGAGCUGCUGUCCACGGAGAAGGACGCGCACUUCCGAGUCUACGCCACCACCACCCCCGUGUCCUCCCACCAGAAGGUCGCCUUCUUCGUCCACUCCUGCCUGGACGCCGUGCGGGUCCAGGUGCGCCGAGACGGGAAGCUGGUUCUGUCCCAGAGCGUGGAGGGUGUGCGGCAGUUCCUGCUCCGGGGGCGGCCCAAGGCCAAGUACCUCCUCCGGCUGAAGGGGAGCAGGAAGGGGGCGUCGCUGCUCAAGGUCCUGGCUAGCACGCGGCCCGGCAAGCACGCCUUCCCGUCCCUCCCCGAGGACACGCGGAUCAAGGCCUUCGACAGGCUGCGCACCUGCUCGUCGGCCACCGUGGCCUGGCUGGGCACCCAGGAGAGGAGCAAGUUCUGCCUCUACAAGAAGGAGGUGGGCGACCCCUACAGCGAGGACCAGAGGAAGAGAGAGCAGAACCAGUGCCUGGGGCCGGACACGAGGGCGAAGUCGGAGAAGGUGCUCUGUAAGUACUUCCACAGCCGGAACCCGCAGCGGGCGGUGACCACGGAGACCGUCCGCGGCCUCCAGCCGGGCAAGGCCUACCUGCUGGAUGUGUACCUCGUGGGGCACGGGGGGCACUCCGUCAAGUACCAGAGCAAAGUCGUCAAAACCCGCAGGGUCUGCUAGUGACCUGGGUGCAGGCGAGGCACGUGGACCUGUCGCGGGGACCUGUCUCGGGGCCUCCAAGAUGCGAGUGCCCGUGGCUGAGCUCAAGGGAGGGGUGUCCGCGGGCGUCCGUGGAUGCUGGCGUCCCCUCGAGAGGGGAGACUGGUCCUCGCCCACCCAGGGUGCCUGGUGUGUGAUGUCACAGACAGACCCCCGCAGGAGCCGCCGUCCCCGCUCUGACCACUGCAUGAACUGCUUCUAAAUUAUUUUAUUACCUGAAAGUUUAAAAGAUGCCACUCAUUGCACACAUCUCCCCAAAUGCAAACCAGUCCUCUCUAUAGAUGCUAGGAUAUAUCGAUAUAAAUUAUUUUAUAAAGUCUUGUCUUAAAUGUCGGUGUGUCUAUGAUCGUAAGCUAUUCAAGCCUCCUGUUGAAGCGCAGAUCGGAUCUACGUCCGUGAUGUGGACGGCGCUCUGGUCAGUUGUACGGUAAAUGCUUAUCUGUCGUGUGGAAUGUUCAAAUGCUGUAUGUCUCUCCUGUGCGGAGUUGACGCGUUGUAUCCAUGUACAGAACAUUAAAGAUAUUAGAGUCUAUUCUGCUCAUUUUCCCA